GCUGGACUACACCUUUUUUUGAGGUUUAUCAUCAUUUUCUUUUUCGACAUAUCAAAUUACCACAAAGAAGUGACCGUAUUCAUCACAUUCACCAUUGCUUUGUACAUGGUUUUGGUAGCUUCUCUUCAGCCGUACAAGAAGCAUCUACACCUGAAGAUAGAUAUGAUGCUGUCGCUUAGUUUGCUGCUUUGGUGCUCAGCUCUCCUUGUUAAUGCAGUUGAAUAUGGUCCCUAUCACGUGUUUGACCUCGUUAUGCAUCUUAUUCUCCUAACACUUGCA